UAUUCAGGCUUUUCCCUUCUCUUUGCUCCAGAUACAAUAAAGAAUCUUCUUCUUCUUCAAUGGGUUUCCAUUUCCGUGAUUGCGUAGAUUGCAGGGCUUCCCUGAAGCUCCUGGAACAACUUCCAACCCCAGUUAUACCUCGCCUCCCGUUCCCAUUUCACCAAAUCAUUCUGAGACUGCCUGCUAAAAUUUUCAUCUUCCAUUUCAUUCUCAAGCCUCAACGAUCGAAAGCGAAAUGGCUGUGCCCGAAGUAAACAAGAAACUCCUUGAACAACUUGAAGACAUGGGAUUUCCAAGGGCACGGGCAACACGAGCACUUCAUUAUUCUGGCAAUUCUAGCUUAGAGGAAGCUAUAAAUUGGUUCGUUGAUCAUGAAAAUGACUCAAACAUUGAUGAGAUGCCAUUGGUAGCAGUGGACAUUGACGUUGACUGUCAAUCAUUCCAUAUCACAGAACAAAUGAGAAUAAAGGCACAGGAACUAAGGGAUCGAGUGCGCAAGAAGAAAGAAGAAGAAGAAAAGAAAAUGGAAAGACAAAGGGAGCGGGAGAGGAUUCGAGCCAAUAAGGAACUGACUGAGGCAAAGAGAACUACAGAAGCAAAUGAAAGAGAACGUUAUUUAGUCUCGUGGAAAGCAGAGAAGGAGGAGGAGAAAAGAGCAAGGGAGAGAAUUCUGCAAAAACUAGAGCAGGAUAAGGUAGAAAGAAGAUUUGGAGUUAGAUUGCCACCAGAAAGGCUUGCAGCUUUAAAAUCGUCUCCUCUGCAGGGAAAAGAGUUGCAGAACUCAGUUCCUGUGAAAUCUGUUACAAAGGCUGAGCAAAUGAGAGAAUGUUUAAGGUCUCUUAAAUGUAAUCACCAGGUAAAUGACUUCGCUCUGUUUUUUCCAACAUGUUCACAAACCAGAUCUGGGUCCUUGUACUUGACUUGCACUAAGGAGAGGAAUUUCACAACGAAAUGUUGGCAUAAAUGAAAGAACAUCAUAUAUCCAGUCCGUUUAUAUGUUUAUUUAUCUAGCUCUGCAAAACGUGACUAUAAGUAAUGUUCACAUCAAUUUUCUUGUUGUCUCUAAUCGCUUCGUGUCUUUGAACAAGUCCAGAAAGGACCUUAGGAGCCCUAGUGGAGUUUUAAGUAUAUCAGUUAUCUAUUUCAUUGGAGAUUACUCCAAAUUCAUCACAUUAAGUGCAAGGUAGUUUCCUAAACUAGUUUUUGUCUACUUUAUGCAGUAGGUUAAAUAAUGCUUCUUACGCAGUAGGUUAUAUAUGAAAUUGUUCAAAAAUAAAGUGGAACCUUGAAGUUUCCCAAGGAAAAUAUCUGUUAUAGGGGACUUCUUGCCAAUGAAACUAGGCUUGCUCAAAUUUGAGCAGAGGGAUUUUGGUGUAUCGUAAAUCCAUUGGGUUAAAGAUGUCUAUAAGUAAUGGAUUUCCUAUGUACCAG